AACAAAUCGCUCAUGACAAGUCGUCUGUGAGUUCCAUGACCGCCACUGAGUCAUUCAUCAGUCAUGGCAGCAGCAGCGGGGCCUCCCAAGAUCCCAAACUACAUUAUUGCCGAGAAAAUAGGGUCAGGGAGUUACGCAGAUGUGUACAAAGCUUAUAAGAAAGGCAUCACGAGAGAGGUGGUGGCCGUCAAGUGUGUCACCAAGUCUACUUUGUCAAAAUGGGCAUUGGACAACUUGAUACAAGAAAUUGGUAUUUUGAAGAAGCUUAAACAUGAACAUAUCGUGGAGAUGAAGGACUUUGUGUGGGAUGACAACUACAUAUAUAUCAUAAUGGAGUACUGUGGUGGAGGUGACCUCUCGCAUUUCGUCAAGUCCAAGCAGCGGUUGCCAGAAGCUGUGUGCCAGAGGUUCCUGCAGCAGUUAGCCUCAGCCCUUAGAUACCUAAGGAACCAAAAUGUCAGUCACUUGGACCUAAAGCCUUCUAAUAUCCUCUUGAGUUCCAAGAGAAACCCCAUACUUAAGAUUGGAGACUUUGGUCUUGCGCAACACAUGCCAGAGGAGGAUACCAGCAGCACCAUGAAGGGCAGUCCUCUGUACAUGGCCCCUGAAAUUGUGCUGAACCGGCAGUAUGAUGCUAAAGUUGACUUGUGGUCCGUUGGCGUUAUUCUCUAUGAGUGCCUGUUCGGAAAAGCACCAUAUUCCUCCAAAACCCUGCAAGAGUUGCUUGACAAAAUAAAGCGGGAUAAACCCAUUGAAGUGCCUUACGGUACAAACAUAUCGCCAGAAUGUAGAGACUUGUUGCAACGUUGCCUUGAGAGAGAUGUCAGCAAGAGGAUUGAUUUUGAAGAUUUUUUUGCUCAUCCAUUCGUCGACCUGGAACACAAACCAGGGCCUGAAAGCAUAAGCAAGGCAACGGAACUCCUGACUUCCGCUGUGAACUUUGAUGAGUGUCAAGAAUUUGAGGAAGCAUUUAGGCACUAUAGCAAAGCCCUGCAGUAUCUUGUUCCAGUUCUUCACGUUGAGAAGGAUUCUGUGAAAAGAAGUGCCUUACGUCACAAAAUCACAGAAUACUUGAAGAGAACUGAAGCGCUGAAGAAAAUCAUAAACUGUGAAAAGGAUGGCAUCAAGAACAUUAGAGUUCCAACCAUAUCGAGGCAAGAUUCCAGCUCGUCAACUACCUACCAAGGAAACCGUGAGGAAUUGAUCAGGUUAUCGGGAACAACGCCUCAGAUUAUAGCUGCCAUGGAGAUUGCAACAACAGGCGACAUGUAUGCUCAGGAGGGAAAUUAUGCAAUAGCCCAAGAGAAAUACGAGCUUGCCUUAGGGAAGCUCUUGGCCCUGAUGCAGAAUGAGCCAAAAGGAAGGAGAAAAGAACUUCUCCGAGAAGAGAUAGAGAGAUGGAUGUCACAGGCAGAGGUUGUCAAAGAUCUUAAGGAAGGUGGCACAUCCAAAGAAGCUGGUGCUAGUACAAAUAAUGAAAGUUAUGAUGAAAAGGGAUGCUUUCUCCAGUAGCAGGAUAAAAGCUUUAGUAUACAGUGGUAAGGGUAUAUAUAUGAAAUGAUUCAUGGUUGUUAUGGGAAAACAGAUGCUUCUUGUAAAAUGUGAUUAUAUUUACAAAACUCUCAGGUCUGUAAUACCCACUUUAUGAUGAAGGUAUGAAUAAUAACGAUUGUCUAGUGACUUUUUAAUACUCUUUUUUUUUAGUCAACAAUAGAGUAGCUAAAUAGUGUAGUCUGCACAGUGGGAAAGCAAAAACAUUUCUAACUUUGGAUGGCAUUCCUUGUAAAGUUGGGAUACAUGACUAUGAUUUAUCAUUUGCAUUUAAUUUUCCGGCCUUGCACCCAUCAAUAAAUGCAGUUCAGUCACAGUGCUUUGAGUGCAGUGCAGUAGGUGUAUAAAUUUGCAAUUUCAGGAAUUUGCUAAGGAGCUUUAGCUGCAUAAAGCAAUUCAUAGAUUGAUUUAAUUUAAGGAUCUUAUACUCAAUAAAUUUUUUUCUCUUUCUUUUUAUUCAGUAAUGAAUAUUAUGUUAAGUCCCACUAGUCAAUUUAUUAGCCUCUCAUUCAUUCCAUUCUGUCUACUACAAAAGCAUGAAAUAUUUGAUUUCUUAAUCAGGGGAACUUGUUUCUUAACCAUGACAAUUAUCAUUUGUACUACUUUACAUACAAGAAAAGUAUUGAAUGUGUCACAUCUUGAAGCAAGAUAUAUAUUUGAUGUUUAAAUUGGAUUACUAUAUAAGGUUACUUACAUGAAAUGCAAGUAACUUUCACUAAGGCCUUUCCAAACAUUAUAUAACUAUGUAUUUAUUUUAGAAUAAAAAAGAAAACUAAACUGAAUACCUGUGAUAAUGAAUGCCGGUGUUUUAGUAUUCAUUUUCAUGUGAGUUAUUUGUUACUGUUGUAUACAUUAAUGUUGAUUUUAUUACAUCAUGUUUUCCUAGUGAGUAUUCAUGUUGAUUGAGUAUUCAUGUUGAUUGAGUAUUCAUGUUGAUUCAGUGUUCUCAAAGCAGUAUGGUGCCAUUUAUGUUAAAAAAAAAAGGGUCCAUUGACUUUUUUUUUAUUAUUAAUUUCACUGUAGGCAGCUGUUCCUCUUGUUUGAAAAUAUUUUAUUGAGGUUCUUCCAGUUUAUACUUUCUCACUAUUCAUUUUCUUUGAGUAGAAAUGGAAAAGAUAUUGUUAGUUGUACAUGAACCGUCCAAACGAUGUGUACACUUUUGAGUUUAUUUUAUGCUGGAGAUGUAUUGGAAAUAUUAAAAUAAGCAGUAAGAUAACACUGUUAUGACUGCAAUUUUCAAAAACUAUGUUGUUGUACGUUGAAAGUGCAAUUGGUUACAGCAGAAAAAUAAAUAUGUUAAUGGGAAGUUUUCUAGUUACAGGAGCAUAGAUAUUUUUCAGCUGCAAUUGGCUAUGAAACUAGUGUGAUGUAUCAUAGUUGAUGUAAACCAGCUGUGAAACAAAAGAUGGAUGGAUAUUUUUUUUUUACUACUAGCAAAAUUACAGUAUUUUAGUAAUUAAUGAGGAACUAAGUGCAGUCUGUCCUAUAGAUAUAUUUUGGGGGGUUGGAUAGUGGUUAUUGACGAUAAAAGAUAAUUUUGAAAGCAAGGAAUAAUAGAGAAUGUGCUACCUGUCUUGAAGUGAUAUUACCUCAAUAUGAAGCAUCCCAGACAUCCUUUUUACCGCAGGAUGGAUGUCAUUUAAUAGAAAUUUUAAAAAUGGCUGAUGAAAGUUGAAAUAACCAUUCUGCAGCUCCUCCGCAUUUUUAUAAUUCACUGUUUGUUUGAAUCUUGUUAUGAUUACAGUUAAUGUGCUUGUUAAAAGAGAAAUGGAUCAUUUGAUUUCAUAUAAAAGCCUUGUAUUUUAAUGGAUGAUGAGUUUUAAUAAAUUUAUGAAUCAC